GUGAGUUGUGAGCAUCAAUUUUGUUCUGUUCCCGCUGACAGCGUCAGAGAUGAGUGACGUCAUUGGUCACCUCCGCAAGAAAGGUGUUUUGAUAUCUCGAAAGUUUUGCUUUGAUAGAAGUACAACGUCAAAAUAAUGAAGUAAAUCCAUAGAAAUCAUCAUGGGUGGGUGUAUGGGCACUUCCAGAGAGCCCAGCAUUAAUGUCGGCUCUGGAGAUCCUCUCAGUACGUCGACAGGAGGUAGAGAGAAUCAUUUCGUUUUCUCCAUAACAGAGGUUGCUAUAAAAAAUGGGGGCGACUCGAAGACAUUCAUAGCCUAAUUUUGCUUUGGCAAUUCUUUUCAUUUCUUUGUAAGCUUGGAAGUAUCACUGUUUUUGAAUAUGAUUUCCCUUUGUAGUCGCUAUCGGUCGAAAUCAGCCAUUGAGCCGCGAGAAACAGGAAUGGAGUACAGAGGUGCCAAUGACAGAAAGACAACUCCGUAGCAAGAGAGAUGAAUUUUGGGAGACUGCUCCAGCUUUUGAGGGAAGAAAGGAAAUAUGGGAUGCUUUAAAAGCUGCAACUGAACAAGAAGAUAUCAGCAUGGCACAGGCGAUUGUUGAUAGUGCUAAUAUAUCUCUUCCAACAGGUACGAUAGUUUCAAAUUCAUUUUCGCUGUAUAUUUAUGAACUUCGGCAUUUCAUAAUGAACGUUAUUAAAUAAUUUGUCUAUGAAUAUGAUUUUUAAAACACAUUUAGUUAAUUAUAAAUAUAUGACAUCAGGACGCUAUUAAAAUAGGUAAACAUGGUAAAUUUAAUUUUUUAAAACCUCCAUGGAAGAACUCCGAGAUAUUUGAGGAUUUCCUGUAUUAAAGUUUCCAUUACGGAAGUUGGAAACCCGACUAUUAUAUAUUGAAGGCUUUCAAAAUGGGUGCCACUGUUCUGCAGAGUUUUAAAAAGGGAAUUUAUAUGGGAUAAAAGACUAAUUUAAAUGUUAAACAAAGAAUCUAUUUCAAAUUACAUAACAUAACAUUACAUAAUACCGUAAACCUCCAAAUAUAAUCCCCCAAAAAUAUAUGCUCCUCAAUCCCCAUGUAUAAACCCACCAUAUUCACUAAUGCUCAUUGCUCAGGCCAUUCCAAAUAUAACCCCCCCCCCCCAAUAUAAGCACUUCAGUAUUUAUCAACACCCCAGUAUUUAUUAACACAGCGAAAGGGAUUCCAACAGCUCAGACAAGUGAUGACAAUUACAUUACAAUAGUAUAGAAUAUGUUAACGAACUUGUUUUAUUAUGUGUUAUACUGUUUGUUUACAUUUCUUUUCAUUCACAGCAUAGUUUACAGGUACAACAAAUAUUAUAAUUUUGUCCAUAUAUAAGCCCCCUCCCUCAUAUAUAAGCCCAUUAAAAAAAUGUUUACAGACGAAUAUAAUCCCGGGCUUAUAUAUAUUCAGAGGUUUAGAGCAUUACAUAACAUAAUUUCAUUUUCACUAGGUUCAUUAACUGAAGCAUAUGAUGAAUUAGGCAACAAUUACAAGGUGCCGUUAUACUGUAUAAACAAACCUUCAAAUUUGAUAAAAAAUGAGGACAUUCGAGAAACGACGGUAAACGACAAUGAAGAUGAGGAAAAAGAUGUACCAACUGGUGAAGCAUAUCCUGUGAAAUUUCGACUUUCAACUGGCAAGGAAAUGAAACUUCAAGUCUAUCCAUCAGACACUAUUCACAAACUUAAAAAAAUUAUAAACAAACGUGAAGGAGUUGCCAUAGUUCGGCAGCGAUGGUUUUAUAGUGGCCGUCUGCUCACAGAUAAAAUGACUGUGCAAGAUGCGGACAUUAAGAAGGGUUAUGUAGUGCAAAUAAUUGUUUCUGAAGAAGACAAAAGUUAAAAGCUUUGUUAAUAUAUUUCAACUGCCAUUAUAAAGGAAAGAUCAGUAUUGAUAUCAGUCUAUUAGAGGGCCACACCCACUCAGCUCAGAUCAACAAAGUUUUCUUCAUUUAUGUAAAUUUUAGUAAAAGUAUGUUUAUUAUGUCGCUGCAAUAUACACCCUGCCGGAGAGUACUCAGCGUUGGCUAUAGAGCCUCAUUUUCAUGAUUUAAGAUAUUGAGUUUAGAUCACUUUAUCUUGUUACAGGGGAUACAUUUAUGGAAUCAUACAGUUGUCAGAAUAAUAUGAAAGACUGUUAUAUGAUUCUGAUAAGUCAUCAGUAGCCAGGGCCGGAGCAAAGAGGCUAAAGGGGGGUCAGAAAUUUUUCAGGACAUACCAUUUUUCACAAACUUUCCCAUUAAUGUAUCAUAAUUUGUUAACUUUUUUCAUAAAUUUAGCAAAACUUUUGCUAUAACUAUUACUUUUUAUUCCAAGCUCAGCCACUCAAAUAUUUUCACUGACUACGAAAACAAUUUGCAGAGUCAAGCAGACAUUUUCCGAGUCUGUGAUGAAUGGGGGUUUUACACCCCUCACUCAAGCUACGCCUCUAUCAGUAGCAAGAUAAAGAGCUCUAAAUCUGAUAUCUCAAUCCCCAAAAUGAAGCUCUAUUGAGCCAAGGCUAAGUACUUUCCAGAAGGGUCUCUUAAUUGUGAAUUUGUAUUCUGGCAUACGAAAAUUACUGCUGAUGCCACAAUUUCUAUUUAUUUAGUUUAUGGCAAAAUUUGAAAUGCAGAACCACUUUAUGUGUGCUUAUUCAAUUACAUAUGCCAGAAUACAAAUCGUGCACAACAAAUUACAGCACGUAAAUGUGCCCUAACAGUCAAUGCAUCCCCCCUGAAUUAUUAAACUGACCAAACCACCAGUUGUAUUAUAUGUCAAUCCAUCAGUGACACCCUUCCGGAAAGCAAAUAACUUUGGCCUAUAAUGCCUCGUUUUCAUGUAUGAGACAUUAGUUAAAGACCAACGUCUCAAUAUCGAAAAUAAGGCUCUACAGCCAAACUGACGUGCUUUCCAGAAGCGUGUAUUAUACUGUACAUGGUACUUUACAUUAACAUAACUUUGCUGUAACGAUGUAAGCAAACAUGCUUCAUUUUGAAACGUGUAAAACUACGUGUGUUCUGCAAGAACGAAUAACAAUAUGUACAGUAGGAUUAGGAAAAGUUUUUCAAUUGACAUUAAAUGUGUUUGCUGACUACCAGUGUUUUGUGUAGUUUUACCAAUCUUGUAUGUGGGUAUAAUCUGCAGAAACCCGAAUGUUCAUAUAAUAAUCUGCAGAAACCCGAAUAAGUUGCUUUCAAGUUAUACUCGAAGGUCUUCUAGGGAACAAGGUAUAUUUUGUAAUGGGAACAUUGGAACCAAACGUCAUAGAGACAUAGUGAAUUCGUAUCGUCUUUUUAUCAUGCAUAUAUGCGUGACUGGACAGUUGCUGCGUGACUGGACAGUUGCUGUAGCACACAGCACAGUAUAUUUGAAAAUAUGGUGUGUAACAACCUCGACAUGUUUAAUAUUUAACCAUGAUAUAGAGCACUCUGAGUAUUUUCUCGUGAGAAAUCGACAUACGCUAAGACCCCCCCCCCCCGCUAACAGUAGAAGAUUUCAAGAACUCGACAUACGUUAACAGUAGAAGUUCCGCUAAUCGCUAUUCGAAAAGCAGAACAUGUAUGGUCAAGCAGAUUUUUUUGAGGUGGUGUUGGACCUCUCUAAGGAUGUGACGGUCACCACUAGAUGGGGUGUGCAUGCACCCCCUUCAGGGUUCGUAGUCUCCAAGACCAAAAAAAUUCAAAGAUUUUUGCUGCCUAUUUUCAAAGACUUCAAAGACCUUUGAGAGCAAUCAGCUGACGAAAAAUUGCAAGUGAAAGCAACAUUUUUACCCAAUAAUUAGUCCCGUCAAAUCACAUCCUAAAAUGCGCCUUUUCGUCGAUAUUUGCGAAAAUCUUGCUUCAAUCAAUCUAUUUUAUUAGCUAGGAAAUCGUAUAAUCAAAUACUCACUAAAGAAUUUAAAGACUUUUAAAGAUUUUCUUCGCUUUUUCACACAAUUCAAAGACUUUCAAAGACCUUAAAAAGACCUGCAUUCAAAUUUAAAGACUUUCAAGGAUUUCAAAGACCGCUCCGAACCCUGCCCUUGCACCCAUACGGCAGAUUUGCCCCUGAAACAAAGGUGAACCCAAUGUGUUGAAGUGUAGCCAACUUCUAGCAACAAUUGUCAGGAUGUUCCAACUUUAACGCCAAACUGUGAGGAAAACACAAGCAUAGUUUUCUGCCACUUCAGUUUCAUCACUAACCGCCUAAUACAAACGUCUUUGAAUAAUUUAUUUUCAAAUUUGAACAAUUGUUUAGAUUCGAGUGCUGUAAAAUAGUUUGAUAGGAUAUGCGGGAUUAAAAUGUCAAAUAUAUCACUAAGAUGUAUCAACCAAUAACGUUUGAGAUUGUUGUAAAUCUAACGUUAUCAUAUUAAGAAUAUAUACAUAUAUUCUAUCUAUCUUAUUCAAAAAUAUUCGCCAAGUAAUCAGUUAUCAAAUUAUGAGCUUACGUUUGCCUAAAAGAUUAACCAUUUAUCAGUAAGCUUAGACUAUAAAUCUCGCAAGGAAUAUCUUUUGGACAGAACGUCGUGAUUUCUUACUUAUAUUCUUAUUUUGAGUCGUAUGCAGUAAAUUAACUGCCUAAAAUGCAGCAACUUGAUGCAUGCAUUUUAAUUUGUGAUAGCAUGUAGUAAAAAUUUUCACUAACUAGCUCAAAUUUAAAGGUGGGGCUACAACAUGUGUUUCUAUCACAGAGCAUUACAAAUUAUCUCGUUAUUUGUUGGGUUCAUUAUAAAAACAAUUAAUCCGUGAGUGAAUUAUCAUGGGAAGGCGGUGUUCCGUGAUAGACAUCAGGGCCAUUAGGCUCAGAUUUAUGUUGAAGUAAUAAUGGCUCUUCUAAAUGUUGAUUUCUUGCGUAAAAUAACUGCUGAUCUCGUUUCUCACGGGCAAACUUUUCUUCUAAAAUCUGGAAA